AUGGCGAAGCGAAAAAUCGGCUGGACCAAGAACGCGUUUCAGCUCCUUUGCUUCCUGGGAACGGUCGCUUACGCCUUGGGGUUCUUGGCCUUUCACACGGAGUUGCUGCAAGCCCCAAAUGGGGCAUCAAGCAGCGAUGGCGACGGCGACAGUCAUACGCAAAGCAAGCACCUGGUGGAGGAGAGUAAGUUCCCCGGCAUCGGCAGCGAGGCCGAUGCCUCUGCGUCAAAGUUCGCUGACGCCAUCAAGACUGUCAAGAUGGCCGAAGACGGCCUCCCUGCAGCAGAGGCAGAGUCUGAGGAGCCCAGCUCAAUGGAAAAGGAGCCCCAGGAAGAGGUGCACGAAGAGCCUUUCCAAGCAUUUGCACAGCCUGCACAGCCUACACAGCCUGCACAGCCUGCACAGCCAGCGGGGCCUCCGGUCCUGGGGCCCACGACGCAGACGCUGACCGUGGCCCUAGCUGCCAAGAGCAAUCAGCUCGACGGCGUACUUGUGGUGAUGAACUCGGCGCUCUCCAACGCCAAAGAUCCCUCGAGGUUGAAGUUCCGCAUUCUGACCACCAGCCAGGAUGCAGGCCCGCUCAUCGCUCAGGUGAGCCAAAAGCUGGCAAAGCUCCAGCCGGACGUGUCCGCAGUGAACUUUGAUCCCUGGGCCCCCAGGGUCCGUCAACUGCUAGGCGGCAAGUCGUCAAGCAGGAAGGAGCUCUUCGACGAGCUGAAUUUCGCAGCGUUCUACUUGCAUGAGGCCCUGCCAGAAGCUGGGCGGGUGUUGUACCUGGACACGGAUGUUGUAGUCACCUCCGACUUGACCGACCUUAUUGGUGUCAAUCUGCACGGCCACCCAGCGGCAGCAGCCGAAGAUUGCUCACAAAGACUGGGCAAAUAUGUGGACAUCGGCCGCAUGAAGGCGAAGGGUGUGGAGAGCAAGAUGCCGAUGCCAUUGUAUGCCACGAAGAAGACCUGCGUGGUGAACCGUGGCGUGGUGCUGGUAGAUGUCUCCAACUGGGCAGCAAGCAACAUCACAAGCGCCAUCGAGGCGCUGGUGCGCAUGCACCUUGCCAAGGGCCUGGGACCCCUCUGGAGGGCCGGCGUCUCCCAACCACCGUUCCUCCUCGCCGUUGCCGGGAGGUACCAUGAUCUGGGUGCCGAGUUCAACGUCCGUGGCUUGGGGCGGGGUGACAUUGCGCCUGAGGAAGUGGACUUCUACAAGAAGCACAAGAAAUGGAGCAGCUACUUCGAUGGAUUCCUGCUGAAGUGCAAGUUCCAUUGCUGCCCAGGCUGCAAGGGCUGGGCGCUGUCACCUCACAUCUCCCCGCUGGCGCACCAGGCCAAGAUCCUGCACUUCAACGGCCGGCUGAAGCCCUCCCACAAGGGCCGCCGCAGCCGCGAUCCGGUGAAGCCACCAACCCGGCAGCUCGGUGAGGAGGAGCGCGCAGCGCGAGAACAACGGCCGCUUUGCAGCUGUGGAUCUGGUUGCUUGCAGGAAUGUGCCGGUAUUUGGUGGCACUACAUGCCUGCUGAUGCUGACUGA